GCGGGAGCCGCGACACAGGAGUGGACAAAGCAAGAUGGCUGGGAUCUUAGCCUGGUUCUGGAACGAGCGGUUUUGGCUUCCGCACAAUGUCACCUGGGCAGACCUGAAGAACACCGAGGAAGCCACCUUCCCACAGGCGGAGGACCUUUACCUCGCCUUCCCGGUGGCCUUCUGCAUCUUCAUGGUGCGGCUCAUCUUCGAGAGGUUCAUAGCCAAACCAUGUGCCAUAGCCCUCAACAUCCAGGCCAGUGGACCACAAAUUGCUCAGCCAAACGCCAUUCUGGAAAAGGUCUUCACUGCUAUAACAAAGCAUCCUGAUGAGAAGCGAUUGGAAGGGCUCUCCAAGCAGCUGGACUGGGAUGUUAGGAGCAUUCAGCGCUGGUUUCGACAGAGACGCAACCAGGAAAAACCCAGCACCCUGACCAGGUUCUGCGAGAGCAUGUGGCGAUUUUCCUUUUACCUCUAUGUAUUUAUCUAUGGAGUCCGGUUCUUAAAACAGACCCCUUGGUUGUGGAAUACAAGACACUGCUGGUAUAACUACCCCUACCAGCCGCUGACUGCUGACCUUCACUACUAUUAUAUCCUGGAGCUGUCAUUUUACUGGUCUUUAAUGGUUUCCCAGUUCACGGAUAUCAAAAGGAAGGACUUCGGCAUUAUGUUCCUGCACCACCUUGCAAGUAUUUUCUUGUUAAGCUUUUCAUAUGUCAACAACAUGGCCCGAGUAGGGACCCUGGUCCUCUGUCUUCACGACUCAGCUGAUGCUCUUCUAGAGGCUGCCAAAAUGGCAAAUUAUGCCAAAUUUCAGAAAAUGUGUGACCUUCUGUUUGUCAUGUUUGCCAUGGUUUUUAUCACCACACGGCUGGGCAUAUUUCCUCUCUGGGUGUUAAAUACCACAUUGUUUGAAAGUUGGGAGAUCGUCGGACCUUACCCUUCCUGGUGGGUUUUUAACCUACUGCUGUUGCUAGUACAAGGAUUGAACUGCUUCUGGUCUUACUUGAUUGUAAAAAUAGCUUGGAAAGCUGUUUCAAAAGGCAAGGCUGGGAAGUGGAACCCUUUACAUGUGUCCAAGGACGACCGGAGUGAUAUUGAAUCUAGCUCAGAGGAUGAGGACUCAGAACCUCCAGGGAAGAAACCACACACCUCUACAACCACCAAUGGAACCAGUGGGACCAACGGUUAUCUCCUAACUGGUCCAUGCUCCAUGGAUGAUUGAUUACCCCAAACUAUAAAUUCUCAACAAAGUGAACUGUUUGUUCCUGGAAGUAUUUAAUAAGUUGCAAAUGCAGUUCCUUUCAUGAUAUUUCAUCACCAGAGACAAAAGUUAGGAUUCUCAAAGCAUUCUGAAUAGUAUGCUGCCAUGUGUCCUGUCUGUGAAUGAAGACGAAAUCCCAUUGUCUAUGUCGGCAUGCUGUGUGUAACUGACACAAGGGAACGGUGUUUGCAUUUGUCUUAGUAUGUUAUUUAUUUUUUAUUUGUUUGUAAAUCUGUGGACAAGCGAGGAUGCCCUCACUCCUUUUCCUCUGGGCUCAUGACUCACUGUGAAGGAGAUGCUCCAUCUGUUUCUACCCCUUUCUCAUGCUGUAGUCCAGUGUGCCAUGAGAAUCAACUUACUUUAGAGCAAGUAAACCCCAUGCAAGAUCCUCACACAGUUCCCAGUAGGUUGGCUUUCUUUCUGUUCUGCAUCCAUUUUACAAUUGCCCAUAUUGUCGGUGACUGUUGUCCCAUGUGAGUCUAAACAGGAUGAACCAGGUGUUAUAGUUGCCACUCUUUGUGGUCAAUUAGCAGUUGAAAUGAAAGAGGAUAGCUAUUAGGGGACUUUGGAAAUUUAUAUGAAAAUUGCUUUGGAAUAGUUUAUCUCUUGUGUGGUAGAUAGUUAGGAGUUGACCUUGUUGGUAGCAAAGUUAUUGUGCCCUCCAGUGAAGCCAGUGUUCUGAUUCUGAAACAUAUCACUUGCUUAAGAUCACAGACACAAAGGGACACACAUACUGGGGACUUGCUCUGUGCUCUGGGAAUCACAUAAGGAUAGCAACUGAUUUCAACCAGGUCUUGCCGUAACUCCUACUGUAUUAGCCCGGUCUGCUGUCCUGCCGUAUGAAAAAGAAGCCGAGAAUGUUUUGAAGCAGAAAAAGAGAGUGAGUCUUUUAAGAGUUGGCAAAGACUACCUUCUGUGCAAUGCACUUUGUUGCCACCAGCUCUCAAGAGAAAGACCUAUCUAGCAUUAGAUUUGUUUUUAUUUUGCUGAGAAAAAUAAAUCCAACGGGAGAAAGACCAUUUACCCCUUGCCUUUCUCCUUAAGUGUGCCCCACAAUGACUUUCUUGUUGCUAGAAGCAUCAGGCCUGCACUGAAAAUGUGUUUUAUUUACUGCUGUGAAGACUCAUGGGGGCUCCUCAGAACUUUCAUUCAAGUGGAGCUAUUUCCAGAAAAACAGCAAAACAUCUACUGAACAAUGGCAGUGACAACUAUGAAAAAAAUUACCAAAGAGUAAGUUCAUGAGCGCCUCCCACUCCCUGCCCACCCAGGGCAUUGUCAGUGGUAUGGGGCUACGAAAACCACACAGAGAAGCCAAGGAUUUUAUCUCAUCUCAUCUUUAGUAAAAAGGGAAAUAAAUAGUAAUACAAAUACUCACAAGUCAAACAUCACCUAAAUCAGGAAUAAAAAGCAAUCAGGGCACCAAGUAGCCAAUAGCAAAAUGCUACAGUGCAUGUGUGUCCUGCCCAGAGCCAUCCACACUUCAUUUGACUUUUUUAAAUUAAAUCUUCAUAGCCAUGUUUUGAAGCCUGUGAGUGAAUAGUUAAGAGAAAACUCCCAAAGAACUCUUGCUGCAAUGGUAGAUCUUUCUCCACCCAAUUGCAAAACAGUAUUUUUCUGGUAUGGUCCAGAUAAAGAUUUUUUAAAGCUUGGAAACUUGUCUACUUGUUACUGUGAAAGACAGUGCAACGACUGUAUGUUGAGCCUUGGUUAUUAACCAAAACAGUUACAUGUCUAGGAGUGAAACUUGGAAGUGUUUUGAGUUUUAUGAGACCAGUGAUAAGACACCAAAGGUAUUGUUAGUAAUCAGAGGGUUUGCUCAAAUGUAAAUAGACGAGAAACAAUAGCAGCGUUGAGAAGGUGAACCCUUCUUGUCAGCUGAGCCAAGGAGCAUGCCUGGCUUGCAGCUUGUGUUAAGUGACUGGGCACAUCCUCCCAGGGACGAAAUCAACUUGAGACGCGUGGUGUAUUUGAAUUUGAACCAGGUGACCCUUUUUAGCACAGAAGAAUUAUAAUAUCAAUUUGUAAAUUCAGAAAAAGUAUGUAAAAUGAAGUAAGUUGAUUCUGUCCAUCUCAAAGGCAAUUCUAAACCUUCUAAACUAGGGACAUGCUUUCUGACUGACACCAUUAGCUUGACUGGGUCUUCUACAUGUCUGUAGAUUUUUGUUUCAUUUUACAUUCUAGAGAAAAUAAUUCUGUUUGGCAAAUUGAAAUGGAGUUUGUAUUCUAUUCUGGAAUAGAAUAUUAAUAUCUCUGUCUACUGUUCUCCCAUAGUGACCAGAUAAGACUGAGAAAGAGCACUGUGUGAGGAACCAGGCCAUAGCUUUCAGAAGUAUGACUUGUAAAUCAAGCUGUAGGUUAGUUCCCAGUGGUGUUCUCAUUAAUUAGCUUAGCCUGUGAUGACGUCCCCUUCCUCCUGGUUGCAUUCAAAUUUCCUAGGGUACCAAGGUGUGUGUAGAGAGGACACUAGAAAAAGUAACUUUUGAUCUCCAAUGUUAUAGCUUACCUAGAUUUAGUGGGGGAAACAUAGGAAAACAAGUAGAAUUUGGCCUUGAGUCAGUCAAUAAUUGAUAUGUGUGGUUUAUGUCUGUAUAUGUAUGCUUCUCCAAAAACCAGUAAAACCAAAUUAUUAAUGAUUCAUCUUCAUCCAUAUUCUUGUCAUAAAAAAUAUAUUCACAUGUACUAUAGAAACUUCCCUUCUCCUUUGUUUUGCUUCCCACCUGUUGAAAGUAGCAAAACCCUUUCAGCCUCUUAUCCACAGAGGUCCCUGAGACAGAAUUCAGGUCCUGGAGCACCAGCUGUCACACAUAAGCCAAACUCAGCUCACCAUCUCAAAUUCAGUAUCAGUAUUGUGGAUCAUUCAAGUGUUUGUUGUAAAAAUGCAAAUGAUUGCCAUUUAGCCCCAGGCUUCUAAUGCUGCUGAACUGCCAGACAGAGGAUGUCCCAAAUCCCCAUCUGAUUGUGCCACUGGCAUCUAACAGAGAUGAACAAGGCAGAAAAGGCAGGGAACAAGCAAGACUAGGUCAGAUCUUUAGUCCAUAUGAUAGGUUGAAUCUCAGAAUGUCAUAUUCUCAUGUGAACACAGCAGUAUACUCAGCUACAGCACUGCGCUCAAGAAUGGGCUGCAUGUGCUAUCAUGUUCCCAAAAGAUGGUGACACAGCCUCGGUACCGAGAGGCAAAACUUUCUGCUUGUAUGUAAGUGCACUCAGUGAUGCUCAUAGAAUGACAAAAUCAGUUAAAGACACAUUUCUCAGAAUGUGUCCCUGUUGUUAAGUGACAUAAGACUAUACUUGGUAGAGUUUGAGUUUGAGCAAACUGAAUGCCUUCCUUUAUCUUAGCUAGAAAGGGCCACAGAACCAUCUAUCUACCUUGCAUUUAAAUCUCAUUGUUAUUUGGGCUAAGUAAAUAGAGACUUGGUUGUAGUUUGCCUGUUAAAAAUGACUUCAUUGUAGUUUAUCUAUGUCUUUGCUGGCAAGCUCUUGUAAGAGAAUGUAUGGGCACUCUUGAUUGUCUCCAACCCAUUCCUCAUCUUGCAUUAGUAAUCAUUUGGGUGGAAAUUAAUGCCAAAGUUGCCUGGAUAUUUGAGUGUUUUUCUUACUUUGAAGUGUAAAACGUAUACAAAAUUACCCCAAAGUUGUCUAUAGGUCCUUUGACCAGUAUGGGAGAUGACAUCAUUAUAUCCAGAGGAGCUUCCCACACCUUUGGAAAUAUUAGGUUAAGUGUUCACAUGUAUGUGGUGUUUGUGGUCUUAAGGCUCUCACAUGUUUAUUUUCUUGUCUUUGGUGUAUUUCUGCUUAGGACAUAAGGAAUUAUAUAGCCCUGAAAUGUUUCUAACAUCCAAAUGAGAAAAAAAGUCCAUUAAGAUAAAAGUCAGCCUGAAAGGAAAGUGGUCACAUGGCUCUUCCAGAUUCUUCUGUACAAAGAAAUGGAGAGAGCUCUAAUUAUUGCUCUUGCCUUCAAGUAUGCCGUCCCUGGCCUGAAUGAUUGCAAGUAGUUCUUAAAGAAAGUGAAACAAGACUUUGUCUUAAAUGUAUGCUUCCCAAGAUCAGGUUCCCUUGCUGAGUUGAAAUUGUGCGGGUCUCCAAAUGCUAUCGGCUAAUUAUCAGUAUUCUACCAAUCAUAUUUUAGUUCUACAAACUAAUGGGCCCAAGGAGGGCCCUGUAGUUUGCCUGUGUGUACAUAGCAUCAACUUGCCCUUUGGGGGCACCAAGUAGAUGUGAGAGAGCCCUGGCCACAGCUGUUGAAACUCAAUACUCAAACCUUUUAUGAAGAAAAUUGGAUUGAAGAACAUAAAUCAUCAUAAAUAAUGGAAUCUGUAGACACCCCAGUGAGAACCUUGGCCUCUUGCAUGAUUUUGUGACUUGAAUUUAACCCAAAGCCUUUGAAAUGAAUGCAUUGACAGAUGGGUUCAUUGAGGCCCUACCAACUCUAAGAAAUUAAAAAGGUCUCUGUAUGGUUGGUCAUUUUCAGGGUUGCCAGGAAGUGAUAAUAGGGCUCCAGUCGCUUUAGCCUUCUGGAACUCUGGUAAAAGAAAGCCAAAUGCUAACUUGUUUCUGCUUUCAAUUUACUGGUGACCAUUACAUCAGUUCUUCCCACACCUCCUCCUCUGCCUGGUCCAUUUUCCUGGGAGGGAAGAAAACUGUGCCCAUGUAUGUGUGUUUCCUUACCACAGGUCCACAAAUGCUUGACUUUCUGUAUUGUGAGUUGUCUAGGAACCAAGGUACAGCAGCAGUCAUCAUAGUUUCUAUGUUCAGUGAAAAAAUGGAUUUCAUUUCAUAUUUCUCAUCCUUUUACCUACAGUAAAUGUGAUAAACUAUCUGUAAAACUGUUCUUAAUGUGAAGAAUUUUUUUAAUGUUGGCUACAAAGCUCUGGAGUAGUUAUGCUAUGAUUCUGGAACUUUUGCUCAAAGGUAAAUUAACAUAAAUGUGGAAAAACACUCCAGUUUGCUUUCCCCUGAGCUCACAGUUUUCAUCACUCCUUUGCCCAAGUGGUAUUCAUUUACCGUCAUGGCCUUUUGCUGUCAUAGAAAAGGAUGGUGGUUAAUUUGGGGGUGUGUUUCUCUUUUCCAGCUGCCAGUGAGGACUGGGAUAGGUGAUGGAAGCUCUUUGUUUUGUUUCUAAAGACAGCUCAGUGCUUGAGCAUCUGUCAGAACUGAAAUGGUGUACCAUUAGCCAAUUAGAAUUACUCUGUGUACCGUUACUGUGUUUUGCUGAUUUUUAUAUGGAAAUAUAAUUAUUAUUCAUUCUUGAUCUUUGGAAGUAAUCAUUAUUAUGAGGAUCAUUUUACUUUGGAAACACUUUCAUAAUAAAGAUAAGCAUUCAGAGUACA